AUGUCGAGUCUCAUGUUGCACGUAAAUGAACCAUUUCAAUGGAGCAAGAAAGUUGAUGAGCAUCAUGUGACUCGAAUGGCACAAAAGGAGAAAAAGACAUGGAAGAAAGAGGUGAAGCGAGCACAAAGUGAACGUGUAAAUGCCAUUCAUCAAGCACGAAAACGUCGUCAAGAACGAGAAGCAGAGAAGGAGGAAAUGGAUCGUCUCAAGAGUGAAGAAAUGCGGUUAAAGGAUGCACAGGAGUAUACAAAUUGGCAAGAAAAGGAAGAAGAAUUUCAUCUCAAGCAAGCAAAAGUACGGAGUCAAUUGCGAAUUCGUGCAAACCGUGAAAAACCAGUGGAUUUACUGGCCAAGAAUUUACUUUUAGUGUCGGCAAAACAAUGUGGUACACAAGAAAAGAAGGAGGAGGAGGAGGCUUUUCUUACACGAGAGAUUGAUCGAAUUCGCGUAGAACAUCGACGACCGGAUGCGAUUAUCGAGGUUUUAUCAAUGGAAGAACUAGACGAGUUGCAGCAAGAUGUACAGACGUAUCAGGAAUUGGAAGAAAGUGGAAAUCAAGGACAGAAUGCAGAGUUUUGGACAUUGAUGAAAAUUCUAUGUGAUGAUCGGAUUCGACGUUUGAAACGUUUGUCACAGAAAGAAGGACGAGCAAAUCGAGGAGCAAUUCAUGAUGCCGUGAAUGAGACGAUUGAGACAAUGUUACAAGGAAAGAAUGCCGAGGAAUUGCAGAAACUGCAAGGGCAAGUGAGAGAAACGAUUGCUAGUGCGUCGAAUGGACCAACGGGCGUGGAUGUGGAUUUUUGGGAGGAAGUGGCGCAGCAGAUUCAAGUUUAUCAAGCUCGAGGGAGACUUGCACAAUUGCAUGAAGAAAUGCUGACGAAAUUAGCUGGUCUCAUGGAGGAACAUGAGAGACGUGCAGCUUGUGCUGCUGAAUAUAAGACGCACGGCGUUGUGGAUGAAAAUGGACGUGAUGCUGGACGUGAAGCGUGUGAGAUGGAAAGAUCGUUUACUCGAAAGGGCCUUGACGAGUCGGAGGAGCAACUUGGCGCAUCGGAAGAGAUAGUGCUGACCGACGCGAAAGCAGUUCCGCGCUGGAGUGAAAAGUACCAGCCACGCAAGCCACGCUACUGCAAUCGCGUCAAGACAGGCUAUGACUGGAAUAAGUACAACCAAACGCACUACGACCACGACAAUCCGCCACCGAAGGUCGUGCAAGGUUACAAGUUUAAUCUGUUUUACCCCGAUCUUAUCGACAAGCAAACAGCACCACGUUUUUUUCUGGAAAAGGCCAAUUCAGACGAGUUCUGUAUCAUUCGCUUUUCUGCGGGACCGCCUUACCAGGAUAUUGCUUUCAAAAUUGUCAAUCGGGAGUGGGAACACUCCCCCAAACGUGGCUUUAAGAGCGUAUUUGAGCGUGGAAUCUUGCAUCUCUAUUUUAACUUUAAACGCUACAGGUAUCGUCGGUAA